GUACGUGUCCUGAGGCCUCCCCAGCUAUGUGGAACUGGGCCUUAUCUGGUGGAUCUGUGCUGAAGGUUUACAGGCUCACCACGGCCUGUCACCAGGUGAUGACGAUCGAGCAAGCCAACCACAUCGAGGCCCUGUGUGAUGACGAAAGCCACUUAAACAAGUACCUGCUUAACCACAAACCCACCAAGGUCCUCUCUCCUGAGUACAUGUGGGAUAAAAAGUCGAUGGAGUAUAUGUUGGAUGAACACCUGCUGGGUUCGCGCACUAUGAUAACGCGCAAGAGAUCUGUGGUCUUGGUAAAGAACAAUGAGGAAAUGCAGAUGGAUGAGGGAAGCUUCCAGAAAGAGACCAGAGAGGGGGUGAUUGACAGUCAGCCCUAAUCUUCCUCCUGGCAUGCUACCCUGAGUUAAAAUCAGUUUUACAUUAAAAAGUAUUAUUCCACCUAUUUUCAUCUGGUUAAGAAAAACUGCUGAUGCCUGUCAUCAUCUCCCCAAAUUUAGGAAGCCCUAGCACCACCCCCCUACCACAACCACCAUCCAAUACACACAUUUAGGCAGGCCUUAGUCCACAGCUCAUGCACACGUUUUUGAAUUUCACGCCCUUGAGCUUCUCACUGUGUUCUCCUAAAACACUCUUCAGGGUGGAGGAGGUGGUGGUCUCUGCCUGUCCUGACGUAUAAGGGAUCAGUGAUGAGAUUUUUUCCAGAGCAAGUAAUCAGGCCCCUUAAUAAAGAAGAGUAGGCUGGAUGCAGUGACUCACACCUGUAAUCCCAGCACUUUGGGAGGUCAAGGUGGGUGGAUCAGCUGAGGU